GGGAUUGGAGCAAAACCGCCCAGCAGCUCCCUGGAGCCCCUGGAGAAAUGCUCUCCUCCACCAUGCAGAGCCUGGAGCUGCGGGAGCAGGACCUGACCGAGAUGGGCUCCCUGAUCCAGUCCCGUGUGGUGCUGGAGGUUUCCACCCAGGUCCAAACCCUGCUGGAUUCACUGGACUCUGCCACCCUGGACAUCGCCGUGAUGGGCGAAUCUGGUGCUGGCAAAUCCACCUUGGUCAAUGCCCUCCGUGGCCUGAGCGACUCGGACCCCCGUGCCGCCCCCACCGGCGUCGUGGAGACCACUGCCGAGCCCACGCCCUACCCCCACCCCAGCCUCCCCAGCGUCCGGCUCUGGGAUCUCCCCGGCACCGGCACCACCACCUUCCGGGCCGAGCGGUACCUGGAGCAGGUGGGGUUGAUGCGCUUCGAUUUCUUCCUUUUGGUGGCUUCGGAGCGGUUUCGGGAGAGCCACGCCCAGCUGGCCCAGGCCCUGGCCGCUGCGGGCAGGCGCUUCUACUUUAUCCGCGCCAAGGUGGAUCAGGACCUGCGGGCGUCCCGCCGGCGCCGGCCAGGCCGCUUCCAGGAGAGCCAGGUGCUGGGCGAGAUCCGCGCAGACUGCGCCCGCCAGCUGGAGAAGGAAGGCGUGGCUGCUCCACGAGUUUUUCUGCUCUCUGCCUUCCAGCUGCAUCGCUUCGACUUCCCGCGGCUGCAGGCCACGCUGGCGGAGGAGCUGGCUGGGCACAAGCGCCACGCGCUGCUCCUGGCCCUGCCGGCCCUGACGGCUGAGGCUGUGGGGCGCCGGAAGGAGACGCUGCGGUGCCACGUCUGGAAGAAGGCCCUGCUGGCAUCCUUGGUCUCGGCGCUGCCGGGGCUCCCGCUGCAGCUCAACGUGCCCAUGCUGGUGGAGACGCUGGGUUCCUACCGCCGCAGCUUCGGCCUGGAUGAGGAGUCCCUGGGGGUGCUGGCCCAGGCGGGUGCCGGCUCCCCGCAGUGGCUGCGGGCCCAGGUGCGCUCGACACUGGCCCGGGAUCUCUCCACGGAGGCCGUGCGGGACGUGCUGAGCCAGGCCACGCUCUGUGGGCAGGCGGCCGCCUGCCUGGCCCGCGCCCGCCUUCCGCUGCUGGAGAACCUAGUGGCCGGUGGCAUCUCCUUUGUGGCUGCCUACUUCCUGCUGCACAGCGCCCUGGAGGACUUUGCCAGGGAUGCCCAGCGGGUGCUGGAGGCUGCUUACAGGACGGAGGAGGAGGGGGGUCCUUGUGAUCCCCCUGAUCCCGGGUUCCUCUAUGACUGAGGGAGGGGCCCUGCUGGGUGAGGGGGGCUGCUGGCAGCUUCAUACCUCCCCCAGCCCUCUCCUACUUCUGUCCCUCUCCCCCUCUCUGCUUCCACCUCUGUCCCUUCACUGGGCCCCUCAGGGCCCCCUUAACAGAGCAAUAACCACCCCCAUCCCCACACCAGCUCCGUGGGGGGGCUAGAGCUGGGAGGACUCCCGGUGGGGCCAGAUAACACCAGGACCCCACAGCUCCCUGGAGAGCGAGGUGCAUUGUGGGUGGCCUGGGAGGGACGUGCGACCAUGGUUGGACCUCAGCAGAGCGUUGAGGGAGGAGGUGCCCAGGAGGGGAGCGGGGUGGCCUGCGGGGCAGGAUGAUGGCUGGUGCGGUGGUGGUCUCCUGCGCUGACGGGAUGGGCACCGUGUGCUCCCCGUGGAGACGUGGGGGCCGUGUCUCCUUCCAGCUGUGGUGUGGGAUUGUGCAAACCAAGGCCUGGUCUAUACAUCAAAUGUAGGUCAUCGGAGUCACGUUGCUGGGGGGCGGGAAGGACCUGCUGUGGCUAGGCUGACAUAACCCUGGUCUAGACACCGCUAGGCUGAUGGAAGGAACCUUUCGUUAACGCAGCUACUGUCACUUGGGGAGGUUACGUUCCUAUGGCGAUGGCCAACCUCUUCCAUCGCUGUUGGGCGCGUCUACGCUACAGAGUUAGGCCAGUAUCGCCAUGGUGACCUAGCUACGCCGCUAACACCCCGUAGGGUAACCACGGCCCAGGGCGUAGGGGAUUGCAGGAGGCAGAGGUUGGGGGCGUCUUUCCCAGCGGAGCAGCCUUCUGUCGGAAAAUGGCCUCUUGUUGGAAUCGGAACGAUGUGUGGGAAACGGCCACAAAAAUGUGCAUUGGGGAAAAAUAUUCAAGG